AUCCAUGUAUGUGGCUCUCUGGCGCCGCUGCACACCUACUCCAGUCUGUUUUCACUGAGAGUUUAAGGAGUGGUUGGAUGUAACAACAACAAAAAAGAAGAGAUUCGGUGUUUGAAUAACUCCAUUGGGGUGCUUUUACGGCAAGACAUUUCAAGACAAAUACAGCGAUGGCAGAGGCCCACCAGGCAGUGGCGUUCCAGUUCACCAUCACCCCCGAGGGGAUCGACCUGCGCCUUUCCUACCAGGCCCUGUCCCAGAUCUACCUCUCUGGCCUGCGCUCCUGGAAGAAGAGGAUCAGCCGCAUGAGGAACAGGGUGAUCAAAGGGGUGUACCCUGCCAGCCCUUCCUCCUGGCUGUUUGUUGUCAUAGCCAUCCUGGCCACCAUGUACAUGCGCUCUGACCCCUCCAUGGGCCUCAUUGCCAAAAUCCAGGAGCACCUGCCCGUCAGUAGUCUUUCUCUGAGUGUCCAGGGCCAGACCAUGCUGUCGGUGCUGGUGUUCAGUACCCUGCUGUGGCUGUCGCUCAUCCUGACCCUGAGGUUCUGUCUCAAGCUGCUGCUCUCCUACCACCACUGGAUGUUUGAGCAGCACGGACACAUCUCCACCACCACCAAAGUCUGGGUGACCCUGGUGCGUCUGCUAUCUGGCAGGAAGCCUCUCCUGUACAGCUAUCAGACCUCUCUUCCUUGCCUGCCCGUCCCGCCCAUAAAAGACACACUGGAGAGGUACCUGGAGUCGGUGCGUCCGUUGCUGAGUGGCCCGGGGUUCCAGCGGAUGACUGUGUUGGCGGCUCAGUUUGAGAACAGUCUGGGGAACAGGUUGCAGCGCUAUCUCAAGCUCAAAGCUCUGUGGGCUACCAACUAUGUGAGUGACUGGUGGGAGGAGUACAUCUACCUACGAGGACGAGGUCCCAUCAUGGUCAACAGCAACUACUAUGGCAUGGACUUUCUGUAUGUGACUCCCACUCCCAUCCAGGCAGCGAGGGCCGGCAACACCAUCACCGCUCUGCUGCUCUACCGACGCAAGGUCAACAGUGAGCAGCUAACGCCUAGUCGUGUUCCAGGUACAGUCAUCCCUCUCUGUGCAGCUCAGUGUGAGAGGAUGUUCAACACUACUCGCACUCCAGGAGAGGAGACUGAUGUGCUGCAGCACUGGCAGGACAGUGAAUUUGUGACUGUCUACCACCGGGGGCGCUACUUCAGGCUGUGGGUCUACAAGGCGGGGCGCCUCCUCUCCCCUAGAGAGAUAGAGUACCAGAUCCAGAGGAUCCUAGAUGACCCUUCACCCCCCGGACCUGGAGAGGACAGGCUGGGAGCACUGACUGCUGGAGACAGGGUGCCGUGGUGUGCCGUAAGAAAGCAGUACUUCAGCUCAGGGGUGAACAAGCGCUCGCUGGACUGCAUCGAGCGGGCCGCCUUCUUUGUCACCCUGGACGAUGAGGAGCAAGGAAUGAUGGGAGAAGACCCUGUGGGAAACCUGGACCGCUACGCCAAGUCCCUCCUCCACGGGAAAUGUUAUGACAGGUGGUUUGAUAAGUCAUUCUCUGUGGUGGUGUACAAGAAUGGGAAGAAUGGUCUGAAUGCAGAGCACUCUUGGGCCGACGCCCCGACAGUGGCACACCUGUGGGAGUUCACCCUGGCCACAGAUGCCUUCCAACUGGGUUACACAGAGGACGGCCACUGUAAGGGAGAGGUGGAGCGCACCUUACCGCCCCCUCAGAGACUCACCUGGGACAUCCCUGUGGAGGUUCAGGAGCAGGUGUCCAUCUCUCUGUCUGUGGCACAGGCCCUAGCUGACGAUGUGGACUGUCAUGUCUUCCCCUUCAGGGACUUUGGGAAGGGACGCAUCAAAAAGCUGAAGACCAGCCCAGACGCCUUCAUUCAAUUGGCUCUGCAGCUAGCUUACUACAGGGAUCGUAAGACGUUUUGCCUCACCUACGAGGCCUCCAUGACACGGCUGUUCCGAGAGGGGAGGACUGAGACUGUACGAUCCUGCUCCAAUGAGGGCUGUGCCUUUGUCAAAGCUGUGGAGAGCGGAGAAGGGCCGGAGCACUGCAGGCGGCUUUUCCGAUUGGCUGCUGAGAAGCACCAGAACCUCUACCGAUUGGCCAUGACAGGGUCCGGCAUUGACAGGCACCUCUUCUGCCUGUACGUGGUGUCUAAAUACCUGGGGGUGGAGUCACCGUUCCUAACAGAGGUGCUGUCAGAGCCCUGGCGCCUCUCCACCAGUCAGACUCCGGUUCAGCAGUUGGAGCUGUUUGACAUGAAGAACCACCCAGACUUUAUAUCUCUGGGGGGAGGCUUUGGCCCUGUGGCAGACGAUGGCUACGGAGUGUCGUACAUUAUCGUAGGAGAGGACAUGAUCAACUACCAUGUAUCCUGCAAGCACUCCUUCUCUGAGACGGACUCCCACCGGUUCGGGGCCCAGAUCAGUCGGGCUCUAUUGGACCUCCUCUCUGUGCUUACCCCAGCUAAGACGGAGAACUCACAGGCCCAGGAUAAGAAACAGCAGUGAACACUUACAGGGAAAGAAGGGACUAUGGGGUGGGAUGGGGGUAGGGGUUUGCUUUGUUUUUUGAUAGUGGGAUAAUAUUAUAUUGAGCAUGGUUGUGUAUAAAGAAAGCCCUAAGAGAUUCGGUGUGAUGGAAAGGUGGAUGGAGGGAGAGAGGGUUGAAGAGAUGGAGAAGUGCAAUAGGAAGCAAGGGAACUAACAAGGAUGAGGCAGAGAGCUAGGGAAGAAUGGAUGGGGAAGUGAGAGAAAAAUCUCCACAAAAAGAGAAGGGAAUCCCCACAUUUUUCUUUCUUUGUGAAUGCACCAUUAUGGCUUUCUUUUCUAUUUUAUCUUGAUUGUGAACUACUGUUGGAAAGAGUUGUAAUGUUUGAUUGAAAAGUCAUUUUAAGUUGGCCUCAAAAAGACUUCCCUAGUUAAAAAUACAUCUAUAGGAGAAGCAGUGGAAGAUUAAAGAAGCGGGACUGACUUGUAAUUUUGGUUUAACUCUGUUCUCACGUGAAUGUAGAUCACUAACGGAAUGGGUCGGCUGCAGUGAACAUCAACCAUUAGGAUAAGAUAUCAGGGGUUGGGGUCUAUUCCAUUUCAAUCCAUUCAGGAAGUAAAUUCAAAUUCAGUGAUUUAAAAACAAUUGAAUUAGAUUUUUCAAUGAUUUCUCUAUACAUAAGAGAAGGAGAAACAGUUAUUUAAUCAAAUGUUCUGUUUUUCUAUUUUAAUAAAAAAUCACUUUUGAAUUGACUUUAUUGAAAUGUAAUUGAUCCAAAUCCUGUCCAGGAUAUCUUCUUAAUUUUUGGGAUCAUCUCCACAGGGCUCGUAUUCAUAAAGCAUCUCAGAUUAGGAGUGUUGAUGUCGGGACACUUUUUCCUUUUUAUAUCCUAAUUAAUAAGAGUAUAUGGACAGGGAUGGAUCCUAGAUCAGCACAGCUACUCUGAGUUGCUUUUUGAUUACGAGCGAGAUUCAGUUUUGUUUUUAAACACCCUCACCAGUAGAAAUCCAGUUUUUUUAGUUGAAAGACAAUGGCCAGAGCCUACCUUUUGUUUCAGGGCUGGGUUUUAUGUCAAUGUUACCAGCAUGGCAUUGUUAAUUCAUCAGAAACCGCUGCAAAGUUAUUCUUCUUCGCGAUUGGAUCAUUUGUAAACGUUUACUUAUUUUUUUGAUAGUCUGUAUUAAAAGUAUAUAUUUUUUUUUAUAUAUAUUUUUUUUAUAAAUGGUAUAAAUGUGUGAUAUGAUGGCGUUUUGCAAACCCGCUUCCCCCCCGUUUCUGAAUGGUUUUGACAACUAAAGUUUUUGCUUCA